UGUUUAAAUAUUUCUGUUUUUCCAGGACAGAAAGUGGUGCAACCUUGAAGAGAAAUGUUAGUGGAUGUGAUAAUUUUUAGGCUUUCCUGUCAUGAAUGUUGUUUCUUUUCAAUCAACUUGCUUUGUGUACUCUCUUCUUUUCAUAUGACCCCCAUGAUUACAGACUAUCCCCAUCAAUGUAGCCACUGUCAUUAACUUCAUAUAUAUAUAUACACAUACACACACACAGAAGGCACAGGCUUUUUCUGUAGCAAAAGAGAGCUCUGCGGUAAUUCCUAUUUUGAAUUUGAUUAAUAUUGAUUAACAUACAAACUACUCUCACACAGGAAGCAAUGGGAGUCACAGAGCAGCAAUGUGCAAAGCACAAAGCAGUCAAAGUUGGGAGCAGCUGGAAAGGGGAGGUAAACCCCUUCAAAUGCAAAGCAGGUUCACCAGUGGAUGAUCUACAGAUAACCAUUCAGAGGAAGAAAGCCUCAUCUUCCAGAAUCUCAUAAUUUCCAGAAUGAGCUGUGUCAUAAAAAUGGGCAGACUUCAGUUUUGAAUACCUUCUGCAGUUGAGAAAAUGUUUGCUUACUGUCACUUCCCUUGCUCUGUGACUGUCCACUAUUCAUUCUGUGCUGGUAAUGACUUCUAUCCCUCUAUUUUAGCUCUCUAUGCUCUUCACUGAGGAGUGUGAUAAGGUACGGGACCUGAUGCAUGUUCACUCCUUCAGCUACGACUUCCACCUGCGAGUGGUUCACCAGUACUUGGUUGGCUGCCACAUGACUCUUCGCCAGGGCUACCAGCUCACCGACUUCCUCGACGACUUCAUCUCCCAUCACCCAGACAUUCCCAAAUUUGGCCGUAACCAUGUCUUUCAAGGGAGCUUCUCCAUCUCCACAAGGAUGAUAACAGCUCAUCAAUUGUAUAACUACAUCACUGACCAUGCCAGCACCUACAACAUGAAGCCACUUCGCAUGUCCAAGUCUACAGUCACCACUGACAACAAGAAAGGGAUGCCUGAAAUGCAUGAAUAUGCUCUAGUGGCGCUGUGGAACAGUUCGGGCUCCUACAAGGAUUUGGAGGGCCUGCACCACCAUGAUGACUUUGAUGUGUCCCUGGUGGUGUGUCAUAAUGCUGCUCCAUUUGAGGAACAAUCAGACGGGGAGAGGCAUUUGCUGAGGUUGCGGUUUUAUGUGAUCAUGACCAGUCAGAGAGAGCUAUUCCCCCGCCUCACUGCCGACAUGCGGCGUUUCAAGAAACUUCCUCAGAUCCACCGUGACCCUGGUGAAGUGGGAGGCUGGCUCCCCUCAGAUCGAGCAGAGGCCUGUGGGUCACGUAAUGCUGAGCAGGAAACUCUGGGAGGAAACUGCAUCUGGAGGGGUGGACCAGAGGCUCAGGGGCUACUUUAUAGCUCUCCUCUGUUCCCUUUGCUCAACAACGAGGUUGCAUCAGCCUGCAGACAGAUCCAGGCCAGUGUGGAGCAGGCGAUGGGCCACUCGAGCUGGAGGAGGCUGCUGGAGGCUGUACAGAGCCGCUCGGUGGGGGAGAUUGACCCACAGCUGGACUGUUUCCUCACCUUGAGUCCAGCCUGGUAUCAGAGUCUGAUCAAAGUCCUACUGAACCGCUUCCCUCAGAGCUGCAGACACUUUGAUGAUAACGCAAUCCAAUAUCUGGCUGUUCUGAACCAGAAGUUCACCGACUGCUUUGUUUUAGUCUUUCUGGACAGUCAAGCUGGAAAAACAAGUCUAAAGGUUGUGUUUCGGGAACCAUUGCCAUCACAGCCUCAGGCCAGUAGCAGCCCUCAUCCUCAGCUGGUGUCCAUGUAUCAUCACCUUGAGUCUGUCAUCAACACUGCCUGCUAUAACCUCUGGACAGGACUGUUAUAGAGCUGAUCAGUGCUGGACUUACUUCAACUUAUGUCAUUGUGAACACUCUUGACACAUGAAAAAAGAAAGCAACAGUUGAAGAAAUCUAAGUUUUUUGAGGGAAUUCACGUGAGGAAAAUCCUCUUGCUUAUAUACUCUCCCAUCGCUCACUGUGGCAUUAUAAGAAGCUUCAUAUCAAACACAUGUAUUCUAUAUGGCUGUGUGCAGGAAAUCCCUCUAAAUGUUCAAAAGAUGUAAUUAAAGUCAUAAAGAAUAGCAGCAGUA